CAGAGUCGCAGUUAAAUGGCAGUUGUAAACCAUUGCUCGCACGGACAUUCGUGAAGGCAAGACAAGAACAGGAAGCUCUUUACGGAUUAGGAUAACGAGCGAGGGAGAGGGAGAGGGAGAGGGAGAGGGAGAGGGAGUGAGAGAGAAUGGCUACAGCGUCAAUGGUAACGUGGAUUUCCAGCGGAAGUCGCAGUCCAACAGCUUCUCUAACGCUUCUUACGGGAGUCUUCUCGGGAAGAAGAUGUGCAUCUCUGAAAGUGGCCAAGUCUCCAACUCGAUCUGGGCUGCUUCACUGCUCCUUCCUCCCUUCUACAUCCUCCCUCUCCUUCCCUUCUUCCUUCUCAGGUUUAUCUUUGGGGUUAGACUUGAAUACUAAUGGUGUCACAAGAAGAGAGAAAGGCCGUGGUCUAGUGGUGAGGGCUGGGAAAGCUGCUCUUUGUCAGACCAAGAGGAAUAGGUCUCGAAAGUCUCUAGCUCGGACUCAUGGCUUCCGCAGGCGAAUGAGAACUACUGGUGGAAGAGCAGUGUUGAAGCGCCGACGUGCCAAGGGGCGGAAAGUCUUAUGCCCAAAGUCAUACCCCAAUAGUGGCAAACGUGCCUGAAUUUUAACAAGUUUAUCUUUUUUGAGCAAGAUUCAGUAAGUAAAUUUGAUAAUUCGAUGCCUGCUGGUUGAUUCAUGUAAAUUUGGUUCUUUUUUCUAAGAAGGCCAUUUUUAUUAGUACCUAGGAGGAACUACUUUAUUUGAUGGAAAAUCAUUCUUGUUCUGGCUGUUCUCGACCA